AUGUCUCCAACAAUUCCUCACUUUAAACGGUCGCAAACUGCACCUGCGAACCUCACUCACUAUAAUGAUGAAGAAGAUAAUAUUACUGUCAGCAAUGAGGACAGUGUUAUUAUUCAAGUUAACCUGGAAGAUGAAGACAAUGAUGUUAAAUCUGAAAACUCAUUUGCAAUUAAUCAUCUCAAUAAUAACUCCGAGGGGUUGCCAUUAAGAUCAGGUAUGAGCUUUCCUGAUUACAGUAAACCAGUUUCUUUGGGAAACCAUUUCCUUUCUCCUGACAUUACAUUAGAUCUUACAUUGAAGUUACAGAGAUCGAAUACUUCUGGGCUCUGUGUGGCCGAUGUGUCUGUGACGGCCCCUAAAGUGGGAGCCUCAUUCUCGGGAGGGUCCACUGUUACUAUUUCAUGGUCAGAUUCUGAUCCUGAUUCUUCAAACGUAUUUUCGCUUGCUAAUGCUAAAUCUUAUUCGAUUUUGUUAUGUGCUGGACCAAAUUCUAAUAUAAAAUGUUUCAAGAGUUUUGUGAAUAAUCAAGCAAUCCCACUGAAGAGUUACUCUGCUGAAAUACCUGCAUCACUUAUUUCUAAUGGUGUCUAUUUUUUCCAGAUUUAUACUGUUUUCAAAAAGGCAAUCACAAUCAACUACACCCCUCGGAUUACCUUAACAGGAAUGACAGGUCCUUCCACUACUUCUGAUGCUCUGGGAGUUAAAUUGGUAUUAUCUACCCUUAAUACUUUCACAGGUCCAGGUCCUGAUCCUCAAACUCCAAGUGGUGGUACAGGUCCUGCACCUGCUGUUAUUGAUACCAGACUGUUCACAGUUCCUUAUACUUUACAAACAGGAAGAACUAGAUAUGCUCCUAUGCAAAUGCAGCCAGGUUCUACUGUUACCAUGUCCACUUGGAGUAGACGGUUUGCAACAAGUUCUAUUUCUUCAUAUUACGUUUCCGUCACCGGAUCUCCAGCAGUUGUAUCUACAAUUACUCCAGGUUGGUCUUAUACCAUGGAAUCUGCUAUAAACUAUGCUAGUGUUGCCGCAGAUCCAACUUCUUGGUAUUCCAUGGCAGCUCGGAUCACCCAGGCCACACUUUCGGCCAAUCAAAAGAGAAAGCGGUGGUUUGAUUAA